AUGCUGCCUGAGAAACUUCAUCAAGGUGCUCUUAAUGAUGUUCUUCAUGAUUUUGCGACAGAUGUAGGUAAGACUCAUUGGCCUGUAGUUAUUCGCAUUCGCACGACUUCCACCCUUAAAGAGCGGAGUGAUCGUAGCGGAUAUCCAAGCGUAGGGCAGAAACCCAGUAGAAAUGACGUCUGGGAGAGCAAAAAGUAACGGUCUGAAUUUUUUGGGGGCUAGAUCCUUCAGCAGCUAGGUCGGGAUUGAAUCAGGGCCUUGGGAAAUCGAUUCUUUCAGGUAAAGUAACUCUUUCUGAAUGAUUGCUCGGGUGAAGAAGACGGCCCUGAUGGUAGGCGUUUGUUCCGUCCUUGUUGUAAACUAAAUGCCGUUCUGUUGAAUUUCUCUGCUCACCGUUUAUAUUUCAGUAGCCAGUUAUCUUGCAGAGGGAGGGAAAAGCUCUACAUCCCGUCUCGCUACCUCCCCACCUCCCCCCCACCCCCUUACGCUUACAUCGAUGUCGUAGGCAGUCCCAGAAUAAAGCUUCCGUUGAGAACCGGUGGUGCCAACUGCGGGACAGUUCAGUCGAACGCUUUGGCUGUCCUCCGUCGCGCACGUUGCCAGCACCAGGACUGGUUCGAUGACAACAACACUGCCAUCAGCAAUCAGCUUGCCGAGAAGAACCACCUGACCAAAGCCUAUGUCAAUCACCCCACCAACGACAACAAAGCAGCCUUCUACCGUAGUCGUCGCCUUCUGCAACUGUGGCUGCGCGAGAUGCAGGACGCUUGGACGGCUUGCAAGGCCGAGGAGAUCCAAGGGUAUGCGGACCAAAACAAAUGGAACAAUUUCUUCCCCGCGAUCAAGACGGCCUACGGUCCGCCAACCAAAGGACCUGCUCCUCUUCUCAGAAUCGACGGAAGUACCCGAUUCAAUAAGAAGACGCCAACUCUACAGCGAUGGGCCGAGCACUACAGAGGCGUCCUCAACCGUCCUUCCGCCAUCUCCGACGCCGCCAUCGCCCGUCUGCCGCAACUAGAGGCCAACGUCGACCUUGACUUCCCUCCCUCUCACCACGAAACCAUCAGGGCAUAA